AUGAUGGGCAGCACCGAAUCAAUUAGAAGCAAUGCCGCGGGGCUCGCGUGCUUGUUCGACGCGCACUCGCUUCGAUGGCGGCUUGUGAAACUCGGACAAGGAGAUUCAGACAGCAGAGCUGACAGCCAGCCAUGCAGCACCCCACGCAGCACGUGCCACCGCUUGGAAGAGCCGUGGUGCCCGUCGCGGCCGAGACUGUGGACCACGGACGACCCACCGCUACUUGACACGGACGAAUCGUCGCGCACGGCCGAAGCGCCGCGCGUAGAGAUCUGGGUGAGAGGUCCUGACUUUCACUCUCCAUCCGACUUGCCACCUUCUCCCUCCCCACCACCGCCUGCACUUGCAGGCGCAGCCGAGGCAAAGGUGGCAUCAGCAGCGGCAGCCGCAGCGGCAGAGGGGCGGCAUGCAGCGCCGUUCCUAGUCGACGAGCUGAUGGGGAUGGAGCAGCUGAGGCGCGUGAUGCGGGGCGGCUACUACAGCUGCAGCUUUGAAUGCGCCGACCCCGUGUCGUCGCUCUCCACGGACCAGCGCCUCGAGAUCCAGUCCCUUCUGCUCCCCGAUGGCUUGCGCACGCGUCUCCAGCAGCUGCUGUCGCGACACCAGCAGCACGUCAGCGCGCUGCACAUGCCCGUGACUGUCCACCGCUCCUCACACCAGGCGUGGCCACUCUCAGAAAUGAUGGGCUUGGCGCGCUCAUGCGUGAACCUGCGGUCGCUGCACCUUGUCUCUGAGCCACCGACAGAUGCCUCGUGCCCGAUCCACGAGGAUCCUCCCUCCACCACGUCACUCUCACGGGGACAGCUGGCGUCAUCCCAUUGGCGGUGUGGGGGCGGCUGUGCCCUCAGCUGCAGUCGCUCAAGAUCCAAGGCUCUCCUUUCGUGGCCGUGCAAGGAUGGGGGGGGGGCAUCUGGGGAGGCGAGGGUGGAGGGGGAUGUAGGGAAGGGCGCAUGUGGUGCAGCAGCUGCGUGCUUCUUCCCUUUCCUUGAAGAGCUUGUGCUGUGCAAUGUGAGCAGCCAUGCGGGCUCUCACACAGGGCAAGGGCACGUAGAACCAGCAUAUGCAGACCCGCCGCCCCAGCAGCAGCAGACGCUCGCAUUCAUGGGCGUGCUGCCGCGCCUAACCCACUUGGCCAUCCACAGCAUCCCAUCGCCUUCUCACCCGCCCAUGCACGCACCCACCAUCCUGUCGCACCUCCUCCCCAACCUCACCUUCCUGCGGAUCCACUCCCCCCCACGUGCCCCCCUGCCCGUGCUGCCCCACCUGCGCACGCUCAUAGUGGGGUCCUACCCGCACUCCUCGCGCUUCCUCGCGUCGCUCGCCCUCUUCCCCGCCCUCACUGCCCUCCGCAUCUUCAACCUCUCCAUGCACAACUACCACUCCGCCCUCUCCUGCCCUCCCCAACUCACAUCGCUCCAAAUCUGCCACUCCCACACUCCCCUCCUCCCUGACUGCCUUCGCCUCUUCUCCUCCCUCACUCGCCUCCACCUCUUCCAGUGUACCCCGCUCCGCGCCCUCCCCUCCUUCCUCUCCUCCUUCUCCUCCCUCACCCACUUCAACUUCGGUCAUGGCUACGACCCUGUUGUGGUGCAAAGGGAGCUGAAGGGGUUGAGGCAGGUGGGGAGGGAAGAUGAAGGGGAGGGGCAGUCAAUUUGUCAGGGUGUAAUAGGAGAGGAGGGGAACAAGCAACAGCAGCAGCAGCAGCCUCAGGUGGAGCAGGGAGACUGCAGAACAAGCCACCACGAGACGAGAGCAGCAGCAGGUCUCAACGGCUCCCCUCUCUUCUCCUCCGUGUGGCUCCCCUCCGACUCUCCCUUCUGGCUCAUCCACUCCUCCCCCACCUCCCCAUUCUCCCUGCUCCCCUCCUCCCAACCUCCCUUCACCCUCCCCCCUCCCAUCACCCCCUCCUCCCUCUCCACCUGCUUCACCCACUAUCUAAGCGCAGAGAAACACCUCUCCCCCAUCUGGUUCGCCUCGCUCCCCUCCCCCUCCUCCCUCGCGCACACCCUCGCCCACUACCCCAACCUCUCUACGCUCGCCCUUCCCCUCGUCUCCACCACGGCCUGCCCCCUCCGCCCCUCCCAUCUGCGCUCGCUGCUCGCCGCUGCUGCCGCUCUCCCUGCUCCCACCUCCCUCUCCUUGCUCCUGGAGCCCGGCUUCUCAGCCAACUGCGAGUGGGGCUAUGGGCGGGAGGGCUGGUUCGAGGCUGCUGGGAUGGAGAGGAGGGUGCGGCGAUGGUGGGGGGAGGCGAACCAGGAGAUGGAGAGGGGGCUGUUUGCCGUGCUGAAGAGAUGCCGGGGACUCAAGCAGCUGCACCUUCAAGGGGAGACCCUCACAGACCGCCUCAAACUCCCCGACUCUCUCUUCCUUCGCUGCCCCCAACUCACCGCUCUCUCCCUCCCUCUCUCCCGCCUCCCCUCCUCCCUCCUCCUCCUCUCGCGCCUCACCUCCCUCGCCCUCGCCCUCCCAGCAGACCCCAUGCCGCCCCGCCUCUCCCUCCCCUCCCCCUUCGCCCCCCUCCGCUCCCUCCGCUCGCUCGCCCUGCACGUGCCAAGCACCUUCAAGCGCUACUACCACCCUGAGGACGGUAGCAGCUGGAGCAGCGUCUCUGGCGACCUGCUGCUGGGGCUGCCCUCGUGCCUCUCCGCCCUCUCCCUGCACCUCCCCAUCUCCACCAUGCCCUCUUCCUUCUCCUGCCUCACUUCCCUCACUCGCCUCGACACCAACCUCUGGAUUCCGGGACUGGAUGAUGCGGACGAAGGGGUGGUAGUGGAGGAGGAAGCGGAUGAGGAGGUAGGGGAGGUGGCAGCAGAGGAAGAAAGCAAUGAGGAGGAAGAGGAGGUUAUCAAUGGGCUUCCCUAUGCAGGUGUUGCCUCAAGAGUUACUGAUGAGAGACUGCUGCCUCUCUGCAACCUCACCUCCCUCUCUCUCUCCCGCUUCGGAUACUUAAAAUCUCUCAUUCCCCAUCUCACCCGCCUCACCUCCCUCGCCCUCCCAUCCCUCAGCUGCGCUAACGAUCUCUCUCGCCUCACUCGCCUACACGACCUCUUCCUCUGCUGCUCCGACUCUGCCUGCCUGCCCCACCUUCCCCGUCUGCGUCGCCUGCGCGUGCAAUGCCCUGAUUUUUCCGUGCACGUCGCUCGAUUCAUUGCCCGCGUGGCACCAUCCCUGGAGCAGCUUGACGUUCGGGCCGACCGCUUCCGUUACUCCGAGGGAAAUCUUUGCGCGCCCCUCUUCCCUGCCCUCGAACACAUGGCACUAGCUGGCAAUCGCGACGUGGCCUGGAAGGUGGAGAGUGGCUUCUCUGCCAACCUGCGCUUCCUGCACUUGGACCGUGCAAAGCUGUCGGGGUAUGAAAGUGAACCUCAGCUGACGCAGCUGACGGCGCUCACCACUCUGGUGGUGGACAACGCUGACUGCCGGGACUUCCUUGCAUGCCUCUCCUGCUUCUCCUCCCUGCACACCCUCCGCCUAUCCAACAUCACCAGAGGCUGCUCCCAGCCCUAUCUCACGUGCCCGCCUCGCCUCGCCACGCUUCAAAUCUGCUGCUGCGACCUACCGCACCUCCCAUCCUCACUGGUGAAAUUCUCCCGCCUCACUCGUCUCGACCUCCUCCACUGGCGCCGCUUGCACUCUCUCCCGCCUUUCCUCUCCGCCUUCACGUCGCUCCGCCAUUUCAGACUCACUGCCGAUGGCCUCAUGCCCCACGUGCCCCCAUGCCUGAACGAGUUUCUUGAAGGCAGGGAAUGGUAUGAGCAUUCGCCCUGUGAUGGGAGCUUUGAGGAUUGA